AUGCUGCACGGUCUUCUCAAAUGGUGCCUGUUGUCGAGCUCCACGCCGCAGGACGCUUUCAAGCGCGUGCACGCGCGCCUCGCCUGCCCGCCGCUGCCGAGCCGUUCAGACGCGGACAGAAGCGGUGCCAUAACACCCGAGUCCCGAGUUGUUGACCCGUAUCACUUCAUUGUAUGUCAGCACGGUGUUCUCGGCAGCGCGGCUGACUUUGAAAACGUCAUCGUGGACGCUUUUGUGAACCACGAGGUCAGCGUGCUGGAGGCGACGGAGAUAAUGGCGGCUGCUGAGCGGGAGGAGGCAGCGGUGCGCACGGCAGCGAUGUCGGCGGCUGAAUGUGCGGGGGAACGAGGCGCGAGUGUACGAGGCGAAUUCUCCGGCUCUCCGCUUCCCUUAUACGGCAACCCGUGCCCGACGUACCGCUGCUCCAGUGGUCCUCCCUCUGCGUCUGUCCCUGUCGCGUGCAUCCCCGACACCAGUGGCGCCCGCCAUACCGUAGUGAGUUUCACGAGCAGCGUGCCGACUGUGCCGGGGAGCACGACGACCUCAGUGAGCUCCGCGAACGACAACGUGAUGCCGAGGACCGAGGUGAAGGAGGUGCUGUUGGAAGCAGCUCCCAUGAAGGCGGCGGCAGCGGCGCAGCGGCAUCAAUGGCAGGCUGCUUCCAUGCGCGACAUUGCAGACAGUGCCGACAAGGCUUCAGGGCUGCAUAAGGUGGCUCCCGGCUCAAACAUGGAUGAUGCCUUGGCGGCCAGGCAGCAUGCGCGGCGCGCCGCGUAUAAGGCUGCCUAUCGCUUGCAGAUCGAGUACCCGAACCGCAUGAAUGGGCGUCUCUACCGCAGCGGCAACUUGCAGUGCUUCUCACCGGGCAGCAACGAGUACCUGCGCACAGACGCCGGGACACAGGUUUGUGCGCGCAGGAUGCUGGCGGAGGUGGUCCCCGCCCUGCAGACGUGGCUGAACGAGGUGGAGUCGAAGGAGCAGCAGCGCCGGGCCAAAUGGGAGGUUUACGCUCGCACAGUGGGCACAAGCGACGCGGCGCGCCUCUCGACAGAGGCGGCGGCACCGCUUCCGAUAUGCUUCUCUGUGAUGGCGCACAGCUUCGGCGGCAUUAUCCAGCGCGAGUUUCUCUAUCUUCUUCUCGUCGAUCAAGCGGAAACGCGAGCAAGCGACGCCAUGCUCUUCCACGACAUUGUGACGCUGCGCCAGAGGCUGCAGAGACUGAACGUGAGCUUUGAGAAUUUCCUGACUGUCGCCACACCGCACUGCGGUGCUGGGGAGUGCCUUUGGUGGCCGAUCUACUUUGGUGCCUGGUGCCUCGCGCGCAUGAAGCUCUGCCAGACCUACGACGAACUCAUCUUGUCCGACACGAACCGCAUCUUGCAGCGACGCCUCCUUGACGAGCCUCACCUGCGCGUGCUACAACUCUUCCGGCGCCGUGUGCUGUUUGCGAACACGCACCGCGACAUCUUAGUCGGAUUCGGCACGUGCUCACUUAUUUUCGAGAAUGUGGACACGGACCACACCAAGUUCAUCGGUGUGCCCCCCCGCACGGCGCACUGCGCGGCAGCCUUUGCGAACGAGGCGACGGAGGUGUCGAAGCCAAUUCUGCUGCGUUCUUUCGAAGAGAUGGAGCAGGAAGAGGCAUACGACGGCGGCAGCGACAGCAGCAGCAGUGUCCGGCACGAUUCUCAGCGCUCUGCGUCGACGCGUGCGAAGAGCUACACCAUGAAGGACCUUGUUUCUUCUUUGGCGCCUUCGUCAGCUGCUGCUGCGGCCAAGAUGGUGCAUCAGGUGUCGCACGCAUCUGCGCGUGAGUGCGCCGGCACGCCGGUGAGUGUCGUGGAGGGCUACACCAAUGACACCGAUUUCAUGACAGCAACCCUGCGGCCACAGGCUACAUCAUCGUCCGUGCCAGGUUUGACGGCGUCGCCCACGUCGACGCUUCCGUCAUACUCCCAAUCGCCGAUGCCCGACAGCACCACCGCGACAAGGACGCAAUCCCUCGUCUUCGCUGCAUCGUGGGCGAUCGGGAGAACGAUACCGGCGCAUAAUGAAGAGACGGUGCGCGUGGAGGAUGUAGCCGCUCCGUUGGCUGACCACAUGGUCGAGUGCAGAAACGAGCUUGACAAUGGCUCGCAGUCAUCCACGUCUGCAGCAUCGACGGUUGGCUCGCUGCUGUCGCGACCGUUCUUCCUACUGCGGCGGCGCGACAGCUUGAUCUUACCCUCGCCGCUUCUGAGGAGGUCCAUCUGUAGCAGCAGCGAAGGUGUUUCGACGAGCGAUGUUCACGGCCUCGGCGACGUGGGCUCAGUAACGUCGUCGCGCCGUAGCCGCAACAGCAGUACCGUGACAUCUCUCCUGCGCGAUCCUCGCUGGGCCUCCGAGCGCGUUCGCAGGGUCGCCUCUACAGUGCACGCGGAAGUGGAGAGAUGGCUGUGGACUCCAACGACGACUCCGAGGGCAGGCGAAACGUCGACAUUGGGCGAAUCGAAUGGGAAUGCUGCCGCGGCCGCGGAGAGUGUGAUGACGUUCUCUGCGCGCACAUCUGUGGUCGUGCCAGCGGAGUCUUCCAUGGCACUGAUGUCCGCCACAAAGGCAGAUGUUCCGCAGUACCGUCAAACUCCUCGCGCCAUUGCGGCGACGCUGCGCCGAACGAUGAGCUGGCGCGUUCGAGCCAUCCGGCUCGACAAUAUUCUGCCAGCGGGCCACGUUGCGUGUCUGGGCAACUGGGCCUUCUUAGGCCGCUCACCAUCGGUUGUUCAGGCUGCUGCCGAGGAGAUGCUCAUCAUUCUCUAG